AUGACUAAAGCAUCCAGAAAACCAUCAGCCGGUCAAACGGCGUUGUCAAGCAGUGAUGCGGAAAAUACAGCUGGUGCGGGUGCCGGCACUUCCAGCAACCAUGUAUUUUUUACACAAGAGGCCGUACAUGCACUGAAGAAUGAAUUUCUAAGCAUUUCAAAAUCUUUUGAAAAUAUUUUCAACAUCCUAUGUUCAAAUGUUGAGUGUGUAUCCCAAACCCCCCUCUCCAACGGCGCCGAGAAAGCCAUAAAAGGUAAUCGGUUAUCUUUACAAUAUGCAGAGGUUUCUUCUACAAGAGAACGGGUGGGCCGUGUCAAUGGAUUUACGAUUUAUUAUUCAGAGGUAAAGCCUAGGCUCGAUAAAGCUCAUGAAGGGCAAAGUUCCAAAGAAAUCUAUAACCAGGCCAUUGAAUUGUGGAAGCAAGAAUCGGAUGAAAAAAAAAGGGCCAUGGAAAUUAACCAGGCUAAAUUCCCCGAAGCGUACAAUGGAGAUCAAAAGAGAAGGAAAAAAAAGUUCCUCCCCACACCGCUCGCAGAAGAAAUCCUGGCAGCCUCGUCUGCCUGCGAGGAGGAAAAGGACCUGGUUUUGGAGAUUAAGGAAUCAGAACUUCAUGAAAUGGAGCCCGUCAUAGAGGAGGCUACAUCCGCAGUUCAGGAAAACGAAUUCCCGGCCAAAAAGAAAUCGUCCAAAAAGAAGGAUAAAUCACAGUCGCAUCAAGAAGAAAUUUCAGCACCAUCGACGGAAAUACUUCAAUUGUCAUCUAUCGAACAUGCGGAUGCUGAGGCUCUAACUGUUUCAAAAUCCAAAAGAAGCAAAACCAGCUCCAAAAACAAGUAUUCUGGAGAAAGCGAUACUCCAUCUGACCGUGAAAAUGUGCCAAAGGAAGCUCCAAAGCCUGCGGAUGCAAAUGUGCUCUCCCAAGAAGAAUGGGAUAUCAUGCAUACUCUGAUGGCCAACAAAAAAUCCAAGAAAAGCAAAUCAGAUACGAAGGAGUAG